GUUUUUUUGAAAAUUUUUUUGAGGAAUUUUCUCCAAAUGAAAAUAUUUUUUGAAGAAUUUGCGGCACUUCAGGCAAUUAUGUUUUUUGAUCCAGGUUUCUUUUUGGGAAGAUUUAUGGGGAAAUUUUUUUUAGACACUGAAAGUUUGGACGCUGCAAGUCAAAGAAAUGUUUGUGCGGAACAGAAAAAAAUGAUUUCUGCAUUUUAUACUCAUAUAUGCCAUUUUCAUGAAACUUGUGAAGCUCAAAAACGUUUUUCUUCAAUUUUGCUUCGAAUUCCAAUGAUUCGUAAAGUUGCAGCAAAGAAAAAUGAAUCGCUACAAAUUAUAGAUCUUUUUAAUCUGUUUACUCUCAAUUCUUUGGUUAAAGAGACUACACUUGGCAUUAAAUAA